AUGCCUGAACAGGACGUUGAAACCUUCGCCUUCCAGGCCGAAAUCGCCCAGUUGAUGAGCCUCAUCAUCAACACCUUCUACUCGAACAAGGAGAUCUUUCUUCGUGAGCUGAUCAGCAAUGCCAGCGACGCCCUAGACAAAAUCCGCUACGAGUCUCUCACCGACCCAACUAAGAUCUCUGAGGUCAAGGACUUCCACAUUCGCAUCAUCCCCAACAAGGAUGAAAAGACUCUCACCAUCAUCGACACUGGCAUCGGCAUGACCAAGGCCGACCUGAUCAACAACCUCGGCACCAUUGCCAAGUCGGGCACCAAGGCGUUCAUGGAGGCCCUGCAGGCCGGAGCUGAUAUCUCCAUGAUCGGUCAAUUCGGUGUGGGCUUCUACUCUGCCUACCUGAUUGCCGACAAGGUGACCGUGCACUCGAAGCACAAUGAUGACGAGCAGUACAUCUGGGAGUCCAGUGCUGGCGGCUCUUUCACCAUCCGCCCCGACCCGGGUGAGCCGCUCGGCCGUGGCACUAAGAUCAUCCUGCACCUGAAGGAGGACCAGAUCGAGUACUCUGAGGAGCGUCGCAUCAAGGAGAUCGUCAAGAAGCACUCGCAGUUUAUCGGCUAUCCCAUUAAGCUGCUUGUGGAGAAGGAGCGCGACAAGGAGAUCUCUGACGACGAGGAGGAAAAAGAGGACGGUGCCGAGGAGAAGGCCAAGGACAAGGAGGACAAGCCCGAUGAGGCCGGAGACGAGCCCAAGGUCGAGGAUGUCGAGGACGAGUCCGAGAACAAGGAGAAAAAGAAGAAGACCAUCAAGGAGAAGUACAUCGAGGAUGAGGAGCUGAACAAGACCAAGCCCAUCUGGAUGCGCAACCCUGAUGAGAUCAACCAGGACGAGUACGGCGAGUUCUACAAGUCGCUCACCAACGACUGGGACGACCACCUGGCUGUGAAACACUUCUCCGUCGAGGGCCAGCUCGAGUUCCGCGCCCUGCUCUUCAUUCCUAAGCGCGCGCCCUUCGACCUGUUCGAGAACAAGAAGCAGAAGAACAACAUCAAGUUGUACGUGCGCCGAGUCUUCAUCAUGGAGAACUGCGAGGAGCUCAUUCCCGAGUACCUGAACUUCGUCAAGGGCGUGGUCGACAGCGAGGACCUGCCGCUGAACAUCUCCCGAGAGACCCUCCAGCAGAACAAAAUCCUGAAGGUGAUCCGCAAGAACCUCGUCAAGAAGUGCCUGGAGCUGUUUGAUGAACUGGCCGAGGACAAGGAGAUGUACAAGAAGUUCUACGAGAACUUCAGCAAGAACAUGAAGCUUGGCAUCCACGAGGACAGCCAGAACCGCAAGAAGCUCGCUGAGCUGCUGCGCUACCACACCUCUUCCAGUGGCGACGAGAUGUGCUCCCUGAAGGACUACGUGUCCCGCAUGAAGGAGAACCAGAAGGACAUCUACUUCAUCACCGGCGAGUCGAAGGAGAUCGUUGCCAACUCGGCCUUCGUCGAGCGCGUCCGCAAGCGUGGCUUCGAGGUCGUCUACAUGGUGGAGCCCAUUGACGAGUACUGCGUCCAGCAGCUGAAGGAGUUCGACGGCAAGACCCUGGUCUCGGUCACCAAGGAGGGUCUGGAGCUGCCUGAGGACGAUGAGGAGAAGAAGAAGCGCGAGGACGACAAGAAGAAGUUCGAGAACCUGUGCAAGGUGAUGAAGGACGUCCUCGAGAAGAAGGUCGAGAAGGUGCUCGUCUCGAACCGCCUGGUCAGCUCGCCCUGCUGCAUCGUCACUAGCCAGUACGGCUGGAGCGCCAACAUGGAGCGCAUCAUGAAGGCCCAGGCUCUUCGUGACUCCUCUGCCCUCGGGUACAUGGCCGCGAAAAAGAACCUCGAGAUCAACCCAGACCACCCCAUCAUCGAGAACCUUCGCCUCAAGGUGGAGGCCGACAAAAACGACAAGGCCGUCAAGGACCUGGUGAACCUGCUGCUGGAGACCUCGCUGCUCUGCUCUGGCUUUGGCCUCGAGGACCCCCAGACCCACGCCUCUCGCAUCUACCGCAUGAUCAAGCUUGGUCUCGGCAUCGAUGAGGAUGAUCUCCCCGUCGUGGAGGAAGCUCCCAUUGCCGAGGAGCCCAUUCCCGACGCCGAAGCUGCCGAUGCUUCUCGCAUGGAGGAGGUUGAUUAA